UGCCACUCUCUCAAAUUCAGACCACUUUAAUCACAUCACAACAACCAUGGCUAUGGCAUUCAAGAUGGCCACCACAGGAAUGUGGGUGACAGAUGAGUGCAAGAACUCGUUCAUGGAGAUGAAGUGGAAGAAGGUGCAUAGGUACAUAGUGUUCAAGAUCGACGAGGGGUCGAGGCUGGUCACCGUCGAUAAGGUUGGCGGCCCCGGUGAAGGCUACGAUGACCUCACCGCAUCGUUGCCGGACGAUGAUUGCCGAUAUGCUGUGUUUGAUUUCGAUUUUGUCACAGUUGAUAAUUGUCGGAAGAGCAAGAUCUUCUUCAUUGCAUGGUCUCCGACGGCUUCAAGAAUAAGAGCAAAAAUACUGUAUGCAACCUCCAAAGCUGGGCUGAGGAGAGUGCUGGACGGCAUCCACUAUGAAGUCCAGGCAACCGACCCGGAUGAGAUGGGAAUGGAUGUGAUCAAGGACAGGGCCAAAUAGAUUGGGGGCAUCUUACUUUUAUUUAAUAACUCCAACCAUAUGUGCUUUUCUUCUUGUUGCUUUCUCUUUUUUUUUUUCUAGAUAAUUAGCACUAAUGUAAGCUAAUCUUCCAAUUUGUAAUAAUAAAUUAUGUCUUCGUGUGUGAUAAUUUAAUGACAAAAGGGCCUUUUGAUGUAAUCCCUUUCAUCAUGGAAAGGUAAAAAAGGUGAAUUAGUGUGA